AUGAUUGAAGAUCUUGCGAAAAUUGAAAAUGUCGAACAGGUUCUUCAAAAUAAAAACAAAAGCGAGUUGCUAGAAAUUUGUCGAAAUUGUUUACGGCAUGUAAUUGCUUCCAAUUAUACCGGAUUUACUAAAUUGCACGAAUCUUCUUGGAUAAGCGAAGAAGACGCGAGAAAAUGCCUUGCUAGAGACUUGAUAACUCCUUGUGUAGCUGUCAAGUCUUCGUGGGCUCUGGUUCUCACUAAACGGAUCAUGGAAAAUAUAAAUGAUGCCGAUUUUGAGACGCACCUUUUGAAAUUGAGAUUCUUUAUUGUUUGGCAACAAUUUCUCACGGAUAAAUCGAAUUAUAUUCUUGAACAAGGGACCCAAUCAAUUCAGUUCAUUCAGAAGAACUUGGAAUCUGAAACUGAUUGUAAUAGAAAAUGUUCAAUUCUGCUGAAAAUGACUUCGUUCUACUUCAUGUUUUAUCAAUACGAUUUGGCAAACGAAUGUAUUGAAAAUGCUUCCAAAUUGUGCAAACUGAAUGUGGAUAUGACCGGAAUGCUUGGAAAACGAACGCGAUAUCAAACAAGAGAUGUCGCCCAAUUGGUUCUUGUGUAUGAGAAUCCAGAAAAUGUUGGCGAAAUUCAAGAACCUUCCGUUGAUGUCCCAACGAGUUGUGUUCUCAAUGACGACACUCUUCUUGAACAAGUUGCUGUGACUUCAAAUGAUUCGAAUACACAAGUAGACGGUCGCCGACUUUCUUUGCCGCAGCUAUGUUGCCUUUUAUGGAUUGCUCGUCAUGAGAAAUCGACCCAUCACGGCGAUGCGCUUCUCCAUGAACGAUGUACGCCAUUCCUGAAUGCUGUCAUCGCUUCAAGACGCUGCUGGCCGCUUCAAUCGGCAGCUUUACUUCUUCGUGCCGAUCUCGAAAAAUCGAAUGGAAGAACUGUCGAUAGAUCGUGUUCGCAAACUGAACUCAUUUGCAAAUUGAUGCAAGGCAUUGAUGACGAAUCUUCGGAUGAAGUACGCAUAGCUCGCACAGAUCAUGUGUUGAGCUGUGGAUUGGAGCCUGCGUGGAUGGCCAAUGUGUUGCACACUGGAAUUCUGAAAUCACUCGGAUGCACAUCUGAAGCUCUUCUGAUUCUGGAAAAACUUGAACUGUGGGAUAAUGUUAUUGAUUGUUAUAAGACACUUGGUCAGUUGGAGAAAGCUGAAGCUCUUAUUCGAAGGUUGCGAGAUGAGAAUCCGGAUGAUACAAUGCUGCUCGUGUAUUUGGGCGAUAUUACACAGAAUCCGGAUUAUUUUAUCGAAGCCAUCGAGAAAUCCGGUGACCGAAAUGCUCGUGCUCAUCGAUCACUUGAAGUUUGGAGCUACAGCCGAUUCAACUGGGCACUUGGUUCAAUUCUGGAUACGUGUGCGUGGAAGUUGGAAAAUUAUAAAGAUGCUGCGACUUGUUAUCACAGAUGUGUUUCUCUUCAACCUGACCAUUUCGAAGCUUGGAGCAACCUGUCAGCUGCAUACAUACGUUAUGGAAUGAAGGAAAAAGCGUGGAAACUUCUACAAGAAGCUUUGAAGUUCAAUUAUGAACACCCAAACGUUUGGGAGAAUUACAUGCUUCUAUCGGUUGAUGUUGGGUCGUUCGGGCAGGCAAUUCUUGCUUAUCAUCGACUUCUUGAUUUGAACAAGAGAGGUGCAGAUGAUGAGGUUUUGGAAUUGAUCGCCUUGCAUGUUCUGAAGCGAGAGAAGGAGUUGACUGAUGACAAUGAGAAGCUUGAGAAUUCGAAAGAAAAGUCGGAAAUGAUCAAACUUUUGGCGAGAAUAACUGCGAAUCAUCAGACACUCUCGUCAAAGACAUUGAAAUUGUACGCUGAACUGAAGAGACCAUCUGAACUUAAUAAUGAGACAAGAACUGAAUAUGAGAAGUAUAUUCAAAUUCUUGAGAAGAGUCUUGCCGUUGCGAACGGAAAACAGAAUUGGUCGAAGGAUGAACAAUUGUCGGUUGAAGUGGCAGAGACGGCGAUUUUGUUAGCGAAUGAGAGGCUUUCGCUUGCGAGACAUAUCAGUUCGGCGACGUCUGUGAAAGAGGCAUCCGCACGAGUUAGAUUAUCGUUGAAUGGUGUGAUUACCAGAAUUGAAAAAGACGCCCAGAAUCGAAUUGUUGGCGAGAAUGAGCAAAAACUAGCCGAAUUGAUUGACGAAGCCAAAGGAAUUCUGACGCAAUUGUCGUCUCUUGCUUCCACUAAUUAA